CUUGUCUAUAGCCAAAAUGGCAGAAUCGGAUUGACAAGUCGUGCAAUUUUCGUAAUUUAUUUUUGGGUGCAAUAAUUAUUGCCUUUGUGCUUUUUAUGUUUUCCGUCUUACUUUAUAAGGCAUAAAAUAUAUAUUUUGCAUUGUGUUAAAAUAACUGUGCUUACCAUCAUCUCAUACGUAUGUUGCAAUUUCAUGAAAUAUCAAGCUUUGGUAUGAUAACAAAAGAUAUAAAAAUUCAGCCUUGUCUCGGUAUGUGUUCUUUUUCGUCAUGUGUGUACUGUCGGGAUUAACAUAGCAUGAGUGGUCACUGGCGCAAAGACUCGGGUAUGUAUACGUAACUGUCCAGAAUCGUGAUUUUCGGGAUUGUGACGUCACAAAAUAGACAAGACGUUAUUUACAGUGCAAAUUAGGUAAUAAAAUGUUUUAUUGUUUUCACCGGUGAGUGGCGAAAGAUUUGUGUCGCUCCCGUGAGGAUAGGAUUCGCGGCGAAGCGGUGGGCUUCCGCUAGGAUGGGCGGCGAUGUCUGCCCCCUCUGAGAGCGCAGCGAGCCCUGCACCGUGCGCAUGCACUAAUAUAUCGCUUAUGCAAUUGUUUCAUGAGCUAAAACAGAAAUUUCCCGGAGUACCUGAUCAUGUUGUGUCGAACACGAUCGAACUGUACUGUCACGAUAAGCAAGCCUGCGAAAAGCACCUCCACAGUGAAGUCAAGGCCUCCCUAACGCACGCCUACCAUGCCUCCUCGUCGGCAGCCGCGCGCCAGCUCAAUGAACUCAGGCUCAACCUGCCAAUCAAGUGCCGCAACCAGCCCAUAGUGAAGCAUGAAGCUGUCAAGUCCACAGCACUCAAAUCUGUCACUUGCGAUGGGCCCCAGCAAGCAAUAUUGAGCACUGUUACUGAUACACCUGAACAGCCUAAAGUGAACACUGAUGCCAACCAAAAUAUUGUUGAGACUAAAAAUGAGGAAAUAAUUAGGAAUAACAACAAUGUGUCUCCAGUCACUGUAAUAAACAUAGAUAACUGCUAUGCUAAAUACAGUGCGGAGUCUCCUAGCGACUUGGAGCUAACUAACGAGAACUUGAAAGAAGAGAAAAUAAUACCACCGCAAGAAGAGAAGGUUGUGUCUCCAAAAGAGGAACAAAAAGAUCUAGAACAACCAGAAAGUACUAACUACAAGAUUUUAAAAAGUCAUAAAAUCAAAAACAACUUACAUGAAAGAUUAGAAAAGGGGAAAGAAAAGAAAACAAUCAAAAAAGAGGAACCACAACCUAAACCAGUAAGCCCACAGGAGAAGCCAAAACGGCCCAACACAUUAGAUUUCAUUAAGCCGAAUCCAGAUAUUGCAUUUAAACAGACAUUAAAAGAACCAGAAGCUGAUACUUGUAGGACUGUGUCACCCGCACCAUCUGUGAUCAAAACCGAGCCUGUAAAAGAGAGCAAAACAAAUACAUUCAGGCCAGAGAGGGGAUAUCCCCUAAACUUGUCAGUUAAUGUCAAUUGUCAUAUGGACUUGAGCCGUGCUUAUGGUGAUCAUUGGUUAGAAGAUUAUGAUAGUCCGAGGGCUAUAACAUCUGUGAAUUUAACUGUUUGUACACCAACUUCGAAUAUGGCUAGUCCUGUGAGAGACACACGGGAGGAUGAUGGGGGUUUUGAGGGCCACGUGACGGUGACGGUGAGCCCUAGCACGGCGCGUCCGCCGCGGCGUAGGGCGCCGCCACCGCCCGCGCACCCCUCGCGGAUUGACUCGCCCAGGCCUACCAGAGCCGCGCCUGAACCGCCUGGAUCAGUUACUGUUGAUCGUGCCUUGAUCGAGCGCCAGAAAGAAAGGCUGGAACGCCUAGCAAUGGCGCUAGCACAAGAGAAGGGCCGACUAACGCAGCUGACCAAGGAGACGCGGAUCCUGGCUGGACCCCCUCCCACCAUGUCGGCGACGCAGCGGCUAAGGGACGACGUGGAAAGGCUGCGCAACCAGUGCGGCACUCUCGCCAAGCGGCUGGAGAUGACUGGCCACGAACCGGACGACGCCGGGAACUUCUACAGCAACAUCUACACGGGCCAGCGGCCCUCAUCCUCCUGGCAGUGCCAUAUGUGCACGUUCAGGAACCACCCGCUCCUCGACAAAUGCGAGGAGUGCGACAUGCCGCGGAUAUUCGUAGUUCGGGCAGCUGACGGAAUAACUGUUCGCCUAAUGCCAGGUCGGCGGAAAAUAACACGUUCGUGGGUCUUAUGAGAUGCGGUCGAGGUUCGGAUGGUCGUACGUUUUGAGGCUUGAUCGCGUUGGACUUCAUCAAAACAAACAUUCGUUCACACUCAUCAAUCAUCCAAUACUUCCACAUAUUAUGUUACGCGUUGGCUGUGCAUAUCUGUAGAGGUUUGUCACUCCUAACUUUAACGGAGUUUAACGCGAUCGACCCUUAAGUGCAGUAGUACAAACCCAAUCUGUGAUAUUCGCAUUUGGUAAUUAGAAAGUCUGAUUUUUACUUUUAUAGUUUUAAAAAAGUAAUUUUAUUUUUUUGAUUUAACACAUUCCAAAGACCCAGUUAUUCGAUCACAUUGUUUUGUUCUUUCCUGUUCUCAUUGAGUGCUCUGUUGUACCAAAUGCGGAUAACUCGAAAGUUAUUUACAUUUUAAACACUGCUGCACUUAAGGUGGAUAGGGAAGUAUUAAUAACUUUAUAUUUAUAUGGAAAACUAUAAAAAAUGUGUCGUUCUGAAAAUACAAGUAUCAACAUUAGUCAAACGCAGUUUUCGGAAAGAAAACACCAAUGCUACAUAAGGGUGCUCUAGCCCGAAUUGUUUUUAUGCAAUGUAAAAGGAAUUUAUGUAUCAUAGAAAAGGUAGUUUUUAUAUCGAAUUUGUAACACGGCAAACACAAAAUCCUGUGAUUUUAAUAAACUAGAUUUUAAUGCCACUAGAUACUUUUACGUCGCAUUUAUGGUACCUACCCCGCAAAUGUGAUUUCUACAUGCUAAAAUAUUUAUAUUCAAACACCAUGUUUUUCACAUUAUUUUGUAAUAUUCACUUUAGCGUCCAGUCUUGUUUAUAAGAAAUGUAUGUACUUUCGAAAAUAAGUACCUGCCUUCAUCUUGAUUGAGGACGAAGAAUCUCAAAAUUUAUCCAGAAAAGAAACGUGAUAAUUACCUACUCAGAAAAUUGAACACAAAUUACCUAUCAAUAAGCCUUGGUAAUUAUUUUUUCAUAAUAUCCCAGUCAACCUUUUAUUGCAAGGUUUUGUUUUUAAUUUACGGCUAAAAGCUAAAAACUUCCUAGUCUUCAACUUGAAACUUUUUGAGAUACAAAUUGACGCUAGUAGUUCCGCAAUAGAUAAGUUUUUAGUGCAGAAUUUGUAUUAUUCUCAAAGAAACUAGGGUUGUUUUUUCAUAAACACAGUCAUUACGAUUUAAACCAGAUUUACAUGAAUAUAAGUUUUCCAGAAUUUAGAUUAAUAUGUGGCAAAGAAUAAAAAUGACUGACUGCUCGCUUUUAUACAUAUUUUCGCUUGUAACACGAGACCAAGCGAAAUAGGUGAUAAAUUAUAUGUCGAUGCGGUGUUUGGUAUGUCGACUCUGGCUUGACUGAAUUCUGGAGCUUAAGCAUUUUUAGUAAGCAACGCUAAUUUCAUCAAAACUAUACAAAAUCCAAUCAGACAUUUUUAUAAACUUAUAAAUUUUGUAUUAGGUAUCUUAAAUUAUCUGAUGACUUCAGUAUCAAAAUUGUCUGGAACUGUGCGCCUACUACAAAAAACAUUGCAACGCUUUUUCAAGACAUUAUAAAAAUAUUACAUUUUGAUGGUAUAUAAUAUAAAUGUGUUCAUCGUAGGUAAGCUUUUGGAUCCAUAUACUGGUCGAAGGUAUUUCGAACUGAUUCUUAAAACAAAGUUUAAUUGCUGGACAUAUUUGGAAGUAAAUCAAACAAUCAAAUUAAAACUGUACAGUCACGUGUACUUUGAUUAUGAGACCUAUUUUUUAUAUGAUGACUUCUAAAAUAUUAUGCUAUAAGUAAGAGGUUAAUCAAUACAACAGAGGAUAAUCGAUAUUUAAUAUUGGCAGGUAGAGCAUUACUGCUUAUGACUGCACACUCUGAAAAAAAAUGUUGCUCUGAUUUAGCUUUUCAAAUGUGAACAGCAUUAAAUUUUAAAUAUUGAAUGAAUGAAACAAUCACUGUGAUUUCUAGUCGAAACUCCGAACUCUUCAUAAUAUUGUGUAUGUAUUAAGCAAUAAGCAUUUCUUUCUGUAUAAAAAUAAACUUGUGCUCAUUUUAAUGUACAUAAUUAUAAUAUGUAUGACAAUAUUGUAUUUCUUUUUUGUUGUAAGGUCUAGGAACUUGUGCAAGUAUGUAUUAAGCUCAAUAUUCUAUAGCAACUGGUUGAUAAAAAAUAAUUAUUCACAUCCUUUUUUAAUUAAUAAAGGGCUAAAAAAUUGUUGGUUUUAUGUCAGAAUUGCAACUACGGCAACAUUCAAUAAAGUUUAAACAUAUAUGAUGUUUAUUUGAUGGCAAAGCAUCUUUUCAUAAUUUUCCCCCAAUUUUUAUAAAAAAUAUUUUCUAUUUUUCCAAUGAAAAACUGCAAUUAAAUUAUUAAUUUCCCGAAACAAUACAUACUGCUUGCAUAUUGGGUUCUAUUGUUAAAAUAAAAAAGUAUUUAGCACUUUCAUAGUAUAUUUACUUAAUGUAAAGUAUCUAUUUGAUAUAUAAUUACUAUUAUUUAAUCGGCACAUUUAUCAAAAUAAACUUGUUAUUAAAAUUUGUUUA